UGCCUUCAAUGGUUCUGUUUUGGUAAUCUACCACCCCUUUGUCUUGCUAUUCAAAAGCCGCAUAUCAACUACCAUGUCCCUCAAUCUGGAGAAGCAGUUGCUCUUUUAUGGUGCAUAUCACCACAAUGCUGUCAACGUGGGCAUACACAUUGCCUGUGUGCCGGUCAUCAUGUUGACCUUCUUUGUUCUUCUCUCUAAUACACCCUCGGUACCUCUCCCUCCGUGGCUCUCAAUACCAAAUCUCCCAUUGAACAUCACAACUGUUGGAGGCGUGCUAUAUUCGACUUUGUAUGUCCUUAUGGAGCCUGUCGCAGGGGGCCUUUAUGCGCCCAUAAUCAUCGGAGGAACUGCAUGGGCCAACCACCUCACCGCAACUUACGGAGCCUCGGCGAACUACUGGGCAGGGGGGAUAAACUUUGUGUGCUGGAUUGCUCAAUUUGUCGGUCACGGAAAGUUCGAGAAGAGAGCACCUGCACUCCUUGACAAUCUGGUGCAGGCGCUUUUUCUUGCACCUUUCUUUGUCUGGUUCGAAAUCUUGUUCUUCCUCGGAUACCGCCCGGAUCUCAAGCGUCGUGUUGAUGAAUCUGUUGAGCAGGAGAUCAAGAAACUCAACACUAAAUAGGGCAAGGAACGGCACUUUUCAGGCCAAUGCUGAGUUCUGUCCACAUUCACGACGCCAUCAUCGAAGCAAAAGAUUCGAGUUGGCGUAGGGUUUUUAUACGAACGAUUCUGGAAGAUUUGUAGCUUCCACACCGGCUCCAAUGGGAAGAGAAAGAUCAUCUGAGCCUAGGUAUGCUUGUAGCUUCAAGUGUGCUAUGGUAGUAAGGAGACAAGAGGCGGCUUUAUAAGACGGAGGGGAGAUGUUGAUCUAGAGCAUGUUUUUAUACCAUCGUACAUAGGUUGGACACAUCGGAUUUCACAGUUGCAAUGACUGGAGAUUCGUGUCCAUGGGAAAUGCAGGUUCAAGAAUGCAACGUGUUUCUGAACCGGGUCAGAGGGAUUAGAUGGAUGUAGAGUAGGGGCAUUACUGUACCGUAAUCAUUUGUUGGCUUUGCUGAGAAUUUAUGAAGCUAGUAAAUACACAUACUGUUCACGCACC